AGUUCCGUGACAAGAUCGAAUUUCGUAAACAUUGCGUCGGGGCGUUACAAUCUUCCAUACAACUGUCUCUACUGAAUAUUUACUAAACAUUAAGAGAUUUUAUGCAUGUGUAGGUCACGUGUGAGGCGUUAUAACGCGUUGUCUGCAGUGUCCGCGGAAGGAGGCGUGACUCGCGCGUUUACUGUUACAUUGUGACACCCGAGUUCAUUCAGAUACAGAUCAGACCAGACCGACACUCGCCAGACCAGUCUGAGGUGGAGACGGAAGUAAAAUGAGUGCAGCUCUCUUACACAGACUGAAGCCCGCAGUGAGUGUUGCGAGCCGCGUGUGGAGCUGCAAACCCCCGCGGAUCGAGCCGAGCAGCGCAGCCGCCUCAGUGAGACUCUACAGCGGACUGAUGGAGCCCCGAGCGCCGCUGUUCAGACAGCUCUUUGAGUCUGAGAGCAGCACGUACACAUACCUGCUGGCGGAUGCUGACAGCCGAGAGGCCGUUCUGAUCGAUCCGGUGCUGGAGACGGUGGACAGAGAUCUGCAGCUCAUCAAUGACCUGGGCCUGACGCUCAAAGUGGCCUUGAACACUCACUGUCAUGCCGAUCACAUCACCGGCACCGGACUCCUGAAGAAGAAGGUGUUUGGCCUGAAGAGUGCCAUCUCCAAACACAGCGGAGCCGCCGCCGACAUCCAGCUGUCAGAGGGAGACCGCAUCAGCUUCGGCAAACACUGUCUGACGGUGCGAGAGACGCCGGGACACACAGACGGAUGCGUGACGUACGUCUCUGAAGACGAGCGCAUGGCCUUCACCGGAGACGCUCUGCUCAUCCGCGGCUGCGGACGCACCGACUUCCAGCAAGGUAGUCCUCAAAGACUGUAUGAGUCUGUCCAUAAGAAGAUCUUCACUCUGCCGGGACACUGCUUCAUAUACCCUGCUCACGACUACAAGGGGCAGACCGUCUCCACCGUCGAUGAGGAGAAGAAGUUCAAUCCACGGCUGACGAAGACUCUCCAAGAGUUUGUGAACAUCAUGAACAACCUCAACCUCCCCAAACCUAAGAAAAUAGAUAUAUCAGUGCCUGCAAACCUGGUGUGUGGACUUCAUGACAUCUGAACGCGAACGAACAAAGCUGGCGUUAAUGUUUUAAUCAGAUGAGUUUAAUUUUAUGGUGCGUAUCGAUGUAAAAACUACAUGCGGUGAUGAUAUUUGAUAUUUCAUUCAGGGUAAAUAGAUAAACCAGAACAAAAAAAAAAAAAAAAACAUUCUUUAAGAAUAUUUUGGGAUUUCAUUAAAUACUUGACUAAAUCUGUGUGUUCAUAUCAUGUCUAUAAUAUAAUAUCACGCUUGGACUAAUGAUGGUUUGUGCUCUUUCUGCAUAAUUUACGUCAGUCAAAGCUUUAAAAAUCAAGUGCUCUUGUAACAUGAAAUGCAGUUAAUAAUAUAUUUGGUAAGAAACGUCUCUGUUUAAUCUGUUUUUAAUAAAUGUUUGUCAGUU